AUGUCAGAGCUCCAACAGCUUGCGACGACCCUGCUGACUGAUGUAACCCACUACACCCUUCGGGGCAACGCCCCCGCUGGGGUGAGCGAAAACAGCCGCGCAGCGAUCAUGACAACGGCCCAGGCUAUCAUCAACCUUGUGCGGUGUGAUACGCACUUGGAACCUAUGGACGACUGCGUCAAAAUCGGGGAAAUGGUUGCGAAGCAGAUGUUUGCUGCUUUUGGAGCUUUCCAGCAAAUCCCACCGGAGGGGGUCUUCCUGAACCACCAUCCGACUGGAGACCUCACUCAAGUCAUGUUCACGCACAGACUGGUUUCCUACGCCAAGCUGGCCGAUUAUUUCCGUCAGUAUGGUCGUUCGGAGCCCCGAGGACCAACGCCUGUGCCUUUCUCCUUCGCGUGUGGCCAGCCGGAGAAGACGAUUUGGGAUGUCGCUUACCAGGAUCCGGAGACGAAGCGGGUGUUCAUGCGAGCGAUGACCGCCAUGGGAGCGGUCUCUCCUGUUUGCGGGUUGUACGACUUUUCCUGGGUUGUGGAGGCGUCCAAGGUGGAUGAUGGCCGUCGCAUGCUGCUGGUCGACGUUGGCGGGGGGAACGGCCACGCGACGCGUUCCAUCGCGAGCAGUGGCCUGCCCUUGCAGCGGUGCGUCCUGCAGGACAAGGAGCCGGUCAUCAACGAGGUCAAGCAGGCCGGCGAGAUGUGUGGGGUAAAGUUGAUGGCCAUCGACAUGCACAAAGAGCAGCCAGUUAAAGGUGCCUACGUCUACUACAUUCGAUAUUGCUUGCACGAUUACAGCGAUGAGGCUGCGAUCGCCAUCUUGGGGGUCAUUGCAGACGCAAUGGCCGGCGACAGUAGGCUGCUAAUUGCAGAGCAGGUGCUCAACGAUCCUCCUUCUGCGCCCGCUGCGUCGCUCGAUCUGCUGAUGCUAACUGUGGGCGGGAAGGAGAGGACGGAGGAGAUGUGGAGAGAUGUGGGCAACGCAAGGGACUGGAAGUCGCUCUGCCUGGUAUCGCGUUCCGCAUAUGGGUUCGUGGCUCCCCUGCUCUUUGCACGUAUAGUGCUGCAUCACGGUGAGCUCUUCCUCGGUGGAACCAAUGCGCGCAUCCAGUCGCUGUACGAUGUUGAGUCAACAUCAUUCCUGCAGUAUACGAAACACCUCCGGAUCGUGUCUCGGUUUCGACGCUAUAUCAGCGACUACCGAUGCCCGCAUUUCGCAAGCCUAGAUGGGGACUUCAUGAACGAAGAGGAGAGCCGGGCGGGAGCCAGCAGCUUUAGGGAUCCGAUGAGCAACAUAGGACAGCUCUUGUGUCGCCUGCGAGAAGCACGCCUCGAGAGCUUCAGCUGGGAGGUGGGAACCUGCCUUCCGGAAGGUGUCUUCUGGCCUCUGGGCUACCUACCGCAGGCGCAAAACGGUCUCGAGUCCAUCAGCCUGAUCACAGAUGGGUCGUGUGGCAUCUCCCUUCGCGCCGGAAACCCGCUCGUCCUAGACGUAUUCCCAAAGUUGAGGCGGCUUUCGUGGGUUGGCAUCCGUUCGCGGGAUGAUAUGCAAAGCGUCAAGAGUCUAUUGUUGCGAAACCAUAGCAUCGUUAGUGAAUUGGAGCUCGAUGCCGUGCGCUACGACGACAGCUGGGCCAGCAUUGCCGGGGAUGCCGUCGAGUACAAUGUUGUCGCAGAUUUCAUGCUGCCGUCCCCGAGCCAGCCGGAGUACCGGCAGCUGACUGCCCUGAGGAGGCUUUCGCUUGGCGCGGUGCCGCUGCGUCCCGCCACUGACCGGGUGGCAGCCGUCUUAUGCCUGGACCAGCUCCAGUCGCUCCGGCUCCGGGCCUGCCCGGGCUGGACGCACCUCUUUCGGUAUUGGUUGACGUCGGGGCUUGGCAUCAACCUCGCCCUGCUUGAGAUUCAGGUUUCGCUGGACAUGUUUGCGGGAGCGUUCCCGGAGAGAAUGCUGGUCACCUUUUUAGAGCACUUCGAGGGCCUUGAGGAGCUUUACAUUUCCAUUCCGGGGUUGCUAGACCGCCCCACAGCCCUCUGGCAUGCCGCACUGGGCCACCCAAAGCUUAGACGCUUCGUUUACCACGUGCGCAUCUUCGACCUCGACCUCGAGUCAAUGUAUGCGGAGCAGGAUGCCAGCCAGCCGCCGCUCCUCGACACGAUAGGAGACAUCGUCUUGGGCCAAAAGCCUCCGGCCGCCCCGCCCACGAACCUCGAGUGUCUCGGCGUCACCUGCUUCCCCCUAUACCUUGAGAUGCUUGUUCGAUCGCUGAGGCAGCAUACAUCGCUGAAGGUUCUCCACGUCCGACAGUCCGGAAGAGAUAUCCUACGCUACGACUCCUGGGGCCUCCGUAUGGUAGAGGAAGUGGAAGACCUGUGGGCAUAUGAGGAUCAUGACGGAGGAUCAGCGAGUGACCCUUCGACCCUGGCGAGGUCUAUCGUCUUCGGCGUGCCCGGGGAGGACGGCCGUGGACCGCAUGGAUACGUAGACAUCAGGAGUAUCACGGGCCCCUGUCGCCUGCUCCAGCCGGAGUUCCAGCGCUUCGCAGAAUAG